UAAAGAGUUUGAAAAAGUUACAGAGGUUCUGCCAUUUACAAAAUAUGGCAUUACAACUUUUAAAGAGUUUAAAAAAACUGAAGAAAAUAUGCAACGUUUGGAAUGGCUAAAAAAGGCGGGCCUCUCUGAUGAAGAAAUAGUACUGUAUCAAAACAACGAGGGUACAGUACUGGACUCACCAGUUCAGCACUCUAAAGUUGAGUCUGGGGUAUUGAGGAGCAAACUUGAAAAAAUUAAUAAAAAAAUUAACCAUUUUCAAUAUCGAGCUGGAGGUUCGAACCAGCAGGAAGAAUCAAUAGAAGCCAACAUUUUUGAAAAGUUGCAAAAAAAGCCAAUAAAAUUUUACCCAGAAGGACAUCCUAUGAAUGAACUAAAACAACUCGAAGAUAACCUUUUUGGACAUUUGAAAUCUGAUAUUAUCCCAAUUACAAAAAGACGAAAAAUAUUACGACGUCUGGAAAGAAAGACAGAACGAAUUUUGGCACAGCAGAAACAAUUGAUGGCAUCAGACUCUAAAACAGAUAAUGAACCACCUAUAGUUAAUCGCCCUGGUAGUUUAUGGGAUGUGAGAGAGAUUCCUAAGAGACAAGAACAAACAUUGAAAUGCAAAAUUAUAGGACCAAAAAAGAAAACUAUGUAUACUAUAAAAGAUAAUAAGAUCUUAAGGCUAGAACAUAUAAAUGGGGAAAAAUCAAAUGAAUAUAAAGCUGUUGAUAUUGUAAUACCUGUAAAUGAGGCUGAACAACAGUUAUUAGAAGGAACGAAGAUGUGCAUUGAUGACAUCAAGAAAAUUGAGAGGUUUAAGGACUACAUGCCUGGUGUACCGUCAAAAGUGUUGUAUUUAAAGAACAUAGCAUCAGCAGUGACUCAAGAUCAAUUAACAAUGCUGUUCAACCAGUUUGUGCUGGACAAUGGUGGACCUAUAGAUGUGCAACUAAUGACCGGACGAAUGCGGGGACAGGCGUUUGUUACCUUCCAAAAUGUAGAAGUAGCAAUAACAGCAUUAGAUGAAGUCAACGGUACAAUUAUCAAUGGACAACCUAUCAUAGUACAGUUCGGAAGAAAUGCAGAACACGAAAGAUAAAUUGUAUUUCAUACUAACCUACCAUGAGACUAUAUAUAAACCAAAAGUAUUUAUAUCUAAAUAUAGUUUUGUUACGUAAACACCUAAAUAUAGUUUUGUUAUUCACUACAACUUAAUUUCCUUUAAACACUCAAAUUGAAGUAAUCGGCUGUUUACACAAUAAAGUCAGUGUCAUUUAUCACUUACAUUUAAAGUCCAUUUAUAACAAAAGCUUUCGUCCAUAAUGUCUUUAAAACUGAAUUUUUUAGAAGUGCUUAAUUAUUUACAUUUCAACAGUAUAAAAUCACGUUUAACAGUAUUAUUGUUAAGUAGACACAUAUAGUAUUCAAAGUAUCAUUUGUAAUAUUACAUCAGCAUCUAACAUUUUUAUUGUUAGUGAGCAAGAUA